AUGGACGAUAUAAGAGGAGGAAAAGCGAAUUUUCUUGAGCCAUUGCCAAAUGAUCAAUAUUUCUUUGACCCUUUAGAGUGUACUCAACUAGUAGAUGAAAUUCAUAAAUUAUUCUAAUUCAUCGAUUAAGAUAGUAAAGGCUAUGUUACUGUCGAAGAGAUUCUUGAGUUUCAGCAUAAUCUCGCAAAAAAGGAGGAAAUCAAAUUAACUAAAGGGGAUGAGAAUCAAAUCAUUAGCUCCUUUUUUAUGCAGAUAGAUAAUAGAAAAAACUAGAAUUAAGGUGGUCUUGGCAUUUAACAUCAGCAUACGUUGCUCAUUGAUUGGAGUGCAUUCAGGAACACAUUAAAUGAAUGGAUUACUCAGAUGUCACACAUUAGUAUCACAAUUUAAGAUCAAAAUGGAAAUAUUACUUAAAAAGACAAGUUGAGUCUACAUCAAAUAAUCUCAGCCUUCUUUGUUCAUACAAUUAAGGAUAAAAGAAUAGAACUGCUUUAAAGAGCUCACUUGCAAAUUGAAAAUUUAGAGAGGGAUCUCGAGGUUCUGAAUGUCUAUGGUAAUUCUUCUUUUAGCACUGGUACGAUUCAAUCUUAAUUAGAAGUGCUUUAAGCCUCUAAAUUUUUAGUCAACACUUUUUCAUCAGUACUUACGGACUUGAUAUCAGGAUAAAUUAAUUAAGUAGAAUCAGCAUUUUAAAGAUUAAAAGGAAUGCUUGAAAUCCUAACUUCUUUCACAUAAAGGUUUGAGAUUCUAGAAAUCAGUGAUCAUAUUAGAAGAGUCUUUGAUCUGAUUUUAAGCAGUACUAUUUUAGAAAUAGGAGCUUAGAUUCUGGAUCAAUAAGAUGACAUGAAAAUAAGUCCAAUAAAGAUUGAGGUUUUAAGAUGCAUCGGACUUUUAAGUAUUGCUGGUAAACUAUUUACUCAAUCAGAGUAUUAGUUAUAGACAGAAGAUUAGGAUGGUGAUAUGUAGUUUUUAUAAAAACUUUAAGCCUAACUCGUGAACUAUGACAUUGUGGUAAAGGUGCUUAACUAAAUCAAUAGUAAUUGCAUAGAGGUAAGAGACUAGUCAAUCUUAGUAAUUGGCCAUUUAAUUAGAAAUGGGCUUGAUUUGAGUUAACUGAUAUUUGAAAGUGAUUAUCUUGGUUGUAUGCUGCAGUAAAUUUAUCCAGCAUAAACCUAAACUAGCUUGAGAUUCAUCUCUUGGUGCUUGUAUAUAAUCUGCAAAAGAUACUAUGAUCCUUUAUUACUUCUUAAUCAAAAGCAAAUCUCUUAUAUUUAGCCUUUACUCUAAAAACUCUAUGAAAUAUUAGUGCGAGAGGAUACUCCAUCAGAAGAGUUACUCAUUUGCACUAUCCUUUCCAUGGGUAGAAUCCUACACAUUCACCCAUCUGGGGAAUUGGUCAAUUCUACAUUUGAUAUUAUCAGCUAAGUGCUCUAAUAAUCUAGUAUUAAUGCUAAUAUUCUUGUAUGUCAAGCAGCACUAAGAGCUAUAUACAAUACAGUGAAAUUUACUAGGUUACACACUUCAACCUUAUGCUAAUUAAAACUAGCUAGCCAUUUACAAACUUUAAUUGACAAAAAUUAUGACGAAAAGAUAACACUUUACUCUCUUCAAAUAAUCAAAGAAAUGAUACUUAGUGAUAGUCAAUAUUAUGGAAUUGCAUCAGAUAUUAUUAAAGCCCUGAUUGAGAUUACUAAUCAGAAUGCAUUACAUCUUGUCAAUUUUGGAUUUCUGAGAAUUAUCUGCAACAAUUUACAAGAUUUUAAAUUAUAUAAGGACUUUGCUAUCUAACAAUGCUAUGAAAUAAACAUUCAAGAAACAGGCGGAGGCUUUGCUUUUGGAAUAUCAAAGUAGAAUUCACCUGGAAGAAGAACAGCUUCAAACUUCAGACUCUAUUCCUAUGGUUACUUGUUUAAGAACUUACUCUUAUUGGAGCAGUUUUUGAAUUUUAUGCAGAAAAGAUAGCAGAUUUUAGGAAGUUUUACUUAGGAAUUACUCGACAAAUUUAGGCCUUUAGUAGACAUACUUCACUCUCAAUUAAGUUUGCUUAGGACCAAUGAUCCUAUUAAGAUUUCUACCACUGAAUAUGUCCUGAAGUUCUUUAACAACCUGAGGAAUAGAAUAUAUUAGAUUGGAUAUGAGAUUGAUGAUUCUUAGAUAAAAUAUUCAGAGUUUAUAAUUUAGUUCUUGUAGUAGACUCUAAUGCCUUUUGAGGUAGAAUUUCCAAAUUACGGCUCUUCAUCUUUUCAACAUAUGAUGAAUAGCAAAGUAAACUCUGAACUUGGUCCAUCUUACAUGAUGCUGGUAAAAUGCUUUGACAGUGAUUAAUAUGCCUAAGACAAUAAGAUCUUUGAAGCUCCAGCAAAUAUUAGGUAUAAAGAUCUUUAGGAAUUAAUGAAUAAGAAAUAUAACAACCUCCCCAUCCAAAUGAAGUACAUUGAUGAGUAUACUGAGCAAAUUACCAUUGACAGUGAUUUAGUUUUGAAUAAAGCUAUAUAAUUUGCUACUAAGACUGCUUUUAAAGAAUAGAGCAAAGAAAUAAUACUAAGAGUUCUUAUUCAUAAGCUUUCUUCAAUGUAUUUCUAAUGCUUUGAAUGUGGAGGACAAUAUGCAAGAGAUCCAAGAAUAGAAAUAAAUGCUGCUUCUGGGGGCUCUAAUAUUUGCACUAACUGCUGGCCCAAGUAUUCAUAAUCUAAUUGA